UACUCGAGGAUUAGAAUUCCACCGUCAGGGUCGUUUUUUUAUCUGAAACCCUAGGGCAAGUCCCCCGAACAGCUUCGAACAAUUGGAAUUGGAUUUCAUUGAUCUCAAUUUUAUUCGAUUUGCCUUCCCCAAUCAAGCUUUCGAAAUUUCCUAGCACCGUCAGUCGAUAGUACCAACAGAUUGAUGGGUAGAAGGAAGGAGCGGCGACUCGCAGCGAUGAUCGCCGCUGGUCGUAGAGUAAAGCUCGAUCUCUUCGCGGAACCCUCUGGAGAUUCUGGUGGUUCCUCAGCCCAGGAUGAACUUGGAGGGGACAUAGAUCUGAUACAUCGUGCUGGGUCACCCAAUUCACCAUCAUCUUCAGGUAAGCAACUGGAGAAUCCUUUGUCUUUACUUGGGCAAUAUAGUGAUGAUGAGUUGGAUGAUGAAUCAAGCGAAACACUUGACCAUGACACUGCAGAGAAGUCAACUGCUGAUGAUAAUGAGCAGGCAAAGGCACCUGUAGGCACAGAAAGGGAGGAUCCGGAAAACAAUGCAAGCAUUGACCAUAAUCCUCAGAAUGAUCAACAACAUGACUCGGAGAAACAUUCUAUUUCUGUGGAUAGGGUGCAGAAUCUGGAGCACAAUGUUGCUAGAGAAAUUGAUUCUCCUGUCACAGCCACUGGUGAUUUAGGCAAAGAACUGGUUCCAAUGGAAGAAACAUCUGUUCCAGGAGCUUCCGAUGUUCAACCCAUCGACAACAAUAUUUCAAAUUGGAAGGUAGUUUUGCAUGAAGAGAGCAAUCAAUAUUACUACUGGAAUACAGCAACUGGGGAAACUUCGUGGGUAGUGCCUGAUGGAUUGGUUCAGGGAACUGAUUUGUCAGGUGAACAGAAUACUGCUCCUGAUGCUGAAGGAAGAAACAUUGCUCUUGCUGGGGAGCAAGAACAAAAGUCUUCUGUAGAUGCGGAAUUGAACAGUGCUGUAACUAUGGAUGCUACUGAUUACUGUAAGGCUGGAAAUGUAGUUCAUGAAUCUGAAGAUAUUUGUGAAGCUACGAAUGAAACAGAGGAGCAGAGUGAUAGAUAUAAAGAUAAAGGUUUAGAAAAUAACAUGCAGGGUCCUGAUGCCAACCAAACUGAGGUGAAGGUCAGCUCUGGUGCAGCGAGUGUGCUGUACCACAAAACUUCUUCACUUCAAGGGAAUGUUUCUUCUUGGGAGUCAAGUGAUACUUUCUUGGGAAAUGGAACCACCACAGGUGCUGAUUCUGAGAAGAAUAUAUGGAAUGAAAUGAUUCAUGAGGAAGAUGACACUGAAAAUGAUCUUACUUCUUCCGUUCUGGAGUACAGUGAAAGUCUGUUGGAGAGAUUAAAAUCUCUGAAAAGGAAUAAUGUGCAAGGACAUGAUUGGUUGUCAAAGUACAUUUUGGAAGUAGAGAUUAGGCUUUCUGAUAUUAGGUCACUGCUGCCUUUUGGGUCAUCCUUGCUACCUUUCUGGAUACAUUGUGAGAGACAGCUUAAAGAGCUGGAAGGUGCCCUUGACAUAGAAGUUUCCCAUUAUUCUAAAUCUGCCCAGACAGUUGAAGCUGAUCUUCCACGUAAAUCUUCUGAAAGUGAGGGGAAUGAGAUUGAAGAAGAUGAAAAUGAAAAGGGAAUAUCUUCUUCUGCAUUUGACACUUCUCUUACCUCUGCUGAUGUUGGCAUGUUAAAAGUUGGUCAGAAUGACUUAAAAGAUUUGGCUGCUGACGGUAAUGCUCCCUUUACUGCUCAUGCUUCUGUUAUUGAUUAUCCCUCAUCACAUUCUGGAAGCACUGCUGGAAAGAACAAUGGAGUUCAUGAAGCUGCACAAAACACUGAAUUAACACCCCAGGCUAUGCUUGAUGCUGGGGAGGACGUGGAUAUGGAUGUUGACAUGGAAGUUGAAGAUUCAGCUCCUGUAAGUGCUACAAUAACUCAAGAUUCAUUGUCUGAGAAAUGCUUUGCUCCACAAGAGCAGCCUAUUCAGCCACAUCCACAUGCAGAGCUGGGAUCUUUUGUGACACCAGAAGCUUUUCCUGUUCCGCCUCCUCCGGAAGAGGAGUGGAUUCCCCCACCUCCACCUGAUAAUGAAUUAAUUCCACCACCACCUCCAGAUGACCCAAUUGAACCAUCAUAUCUCCCACCACCAACUUAUUCUGAAACAGUACCAGCACUCUCUUAUACAGAACCAUACAAUGUGUCCUACCCGGGUUCUAACUUUGAGUAUUAUGGUCAAGCAAACACACAAUUCCUAGGCAAUAAUGCUUAUCCGCACGCUGAAGGUUGUCAAGUAGCCAUGCCGCAUCCACUUUAUUAUGAGGCAUUGGCCGUCACAUAUCCUGUUGCUGCUCCAGGUGUCAACCCUGUUGAGCCCGCUGCAUAUUAUGAGGUUCAAGAUGGAGCAGUAUUUGCUGGACCAGUAGUAAGUGGUGCACAAUCUUCAGUACAACAUAGUGAAUCUGGUCAUGAUGCUCUUGGUUCUGAUAGAAUCAGAUCUGCAGAAUCACACAUUGAAGAGGGUUAUACUUCAUUCUCUGAUCCAGGGGUAGGUGUGUCUGUAGUUAAUGGUAGUACUGAAAAGACACCAGUAGAGGUUUCUGUUGCCCCAGCUACCAUCCAAGCUCCAUCAACCAUUUCUGUGGUAGGGAAUGCUUCUGGUUCUUCAACCACUACUGGGGCUGUUGCUCCUAAAUUGGCAGUACCUAAUGUUCAAUCAAAAGUUUCCCGCAGCAAAAAACGAACAGUUGCUGUGUCAUCCACAUUAAGGUCAAAUAAGAAAGUAUCCAGCAUGGUGGACAAGUGGAAGGCAGCCAAAGAGGAGUUGCAUGAAGAAGAGGAAGAUGAACCUGAAAAUGCUUAUGAAAGUUUAGAGAAGAAGCGGCAACGGGAGAUAGAGGAAUGGCGUGCACAGCAAAUUGCCAGUGGAGAGGCCAAAGAUAAUGCUAAUUUUCAGCCUUUGGGUGGUGACUGGCGGGAGCGGGUGAAGCGUAAGAGAGCUCAAUUGAACAAUGAAGCUGCACACACUCAAUCGGGGGCUGUUACAGAUGGAAACCAGCAACCUGAUUUGACUGAACUUGCAAGGGAUCUCCCAUCUGGCUGGCAGGCUUACUGGGAUGAAUCCUCAAAGCAGGUCUACUAUGGAAAUGUCAUCACGUCUGAGACAACAUGGACAAGACCAGUACCUCCGGAGUGGUGACUGGUAUGAUCACUACGAAAAUUUUGCAUUUGAGGGUGUUGUAAAUCCUUACCUUCUCUUCUUCUUUCUGUUUCUUUUACCACGUAAUUAACGCCAAACGCACGCCCUCCUCUUUUAUCAUCUUCCAGUUUGUUCGGCGUCUAAUAUUUAGUUGAUUGGGCAUUUCUUUACUAGUUAGGUAUUUGAAAUCCGCCUCUUUUUUCUUUCUUGAUCAUUGGAUAAGGAUGAUGCUAUGGCUUUUAACAGUCAAGAAAUUAUAAAUGUUUACUACAUAAUUUAAUUA